CACAUGUAAGAUAAAAAACAGAAAACAGAAAACAUUAUCAUCAACUACAUGGUCUCUUGAAAACGACCUGUUUCCUCCCUCGCACGGAUCCACCCGAUUUCUGAGAUUCCUUCGAAUUGUUAACUCUCUUUCAGUUUCAAGUUGGAAACUUUUUCGAUUUUCGCUUUCUGGAGGUGUGAAUUGUUGUUUGAAAGUCACAAGCAAUGGUGAAGGACACUGCGUAUUAUGACAUAUUAGGUGUCAAUUAUGAUGCAUCUGCUGCAGAGAUCAAGAAAGCUUAUUAUGUCAAGGCUAGAAUUGUUCACCCCGAUAAAAAUCCUGAGGAUCCUAAGGCCGCAGAAAACUUUCAGAAACUUGGUGAGGCUUACCAGGUUUUAAGUGAUCCUGGGAAGCGUGCGGCAUAUGAUGAGCAUGGAAAGGAGGGAGUACCACAAGAUUCCAUGAUGGACCCUACAACUGUAUUUGGAAUGAUUUUUGGAAGUGAAUUUUUUGAAGAAUAUAUUGGACAACUUGCACUGGCUUCUUUAGCAUCUAUAGAAAUUGAGGAAGACUCACAGGAUCCUGAAGUUUUGAGGCAGAGAAUUCAAGAAAAGAUGAAAGCUUGGCAGAAGGAAAGGGAGCAAAAGCUUUCAACAUUUCUGAAAGAUCGCCUGCAACCAUUUGUUGAUGGUCGAGAAGAUGAAUUUACAGCAUGGGCAAAAUCAGAAGCACGUAGUCUUUCUAAAGCUGCUUUUGGAGAAGCCAUGCUACAUACAAUUGGUUACAUCUACACACGAAAAGCUGCAAGAGAACUUGGGAAGGAUAUACGGUAUAUGAACGUUCCCUUUUUGGCAGAGUGGGUGCGAGGCAAAGGACACUGUAUAAAAUCACAAGUAACAGCAGCCUCAGGAGCUGUCUCCCUAAUUCAAAUACAAGAAGAACUCAAGAAGCUAAAUCAAGGAGAAAACAAAGAAGAAAGCAUAGUCAAAGCUAUUGAAGAUAAGAAGGAUGCCAUGAUUAAUUCUCUAUGGCAAAUCAAUGUGAUUGAUAUUGAAUCAACUCUGUCACAUGUUUGCCAAACUGUUCUUAAAGAUCCUAGUGCCUCCAAAGAUGUUCUGAAGUCUCGGGCCAAAGCAUUGAAAAAGUUAGGAACUAUCUUUCAAGGUGCUAAGAUUGCUUAUAACAGAGAAAACAGCCUACGCAGAGAAAGUGGCAAAACACCAGAUGCUGCUUCCUCAUCAUAGUCAUCUGUUCAGUUUGUCUGAUAUGGUUAUGUAUUGAGUAGUAUUCUUAUGACCUUCUGGCUCUCAGUGGAUUCUGAACAUUGUUUCUUACAGUGCUGUUAGUAGGCAUUGUAUGUAAUUUCACUUGGACUAACCUGCCAUAAUUACACGCGUUUGUACUUAAUUAUUAUCAUCUAGUGAUAAUUGAUCUCAUUUUACUCUUUUUACCA